GUUGCGCCGCCGGAGGGAGCCGCUGUGGCGGCCCGGAACCGCCAGACACGGAGGGGAGGAGGCGCUGCCGGGGCCCAUGGAGCGGCUCCGGCGGCUGUGGCGGGGCCGCACCAUGACCUACGGCGUCCCCCUGUUGCUCUAUCUUGUUGGGGGAUCUUUUGGACUCCGUGAAUUUGCUCAGAUAAGAUAUGAUGUCCACAAACUACAUGGCACGGUUGAUCCUGCUUUGAAAGAAAAAUUAAAACAGAACAAUGUGACGCUGGAAUCUGAAUAUAAGAAAAUGGAAAAAUCUGACUUGGAUAACUGGGAGAACAUCAGAGGACCCCAGCUGUGGGAAGAUUCCAGAGCUGUUCAGAAGCAGCGGCGGGAGGCUGCCCGUCUCAAGACAGAGUGAUCGAGCAAGCCUACUUUGCUGCCCACAGAAAAAAGUCUCAGGCUGGACUAUCUUUUUUUUUAUUCCACUGUCAGGAACAGACAUGGGAGGACAGUAUUGCUCUGAGCAAUUCAUGGCAGUGUGUAUAACUCUGAGAGCAACCUGAAAGGCACCAUGUUGUAUGAAGCUCUUUGUUUGCAUCCAUUUGCACAGUUCCACAGGCUGUAUGUGAGAGUUCUCAAUAAAAAAAAAAAAAACACAAACAGAAAAC